ACAGAAGGACGGCUUUGGUCUGGUUCCCGCAAUGAGACUGAGACUUGCAUUGUCCUCUGUCUUAUCUCAGCGAUUACACUCCAUCAGUACAAAUACCAGUCUGUGACAUCGUGUGGCAAGUUAUCUCCAAGCCAACGACCACGAAAGGUAUCAUGGACACGGCCACGGUCGUGGUGCUGGUGGCGACAGUCCUGCUGGGGACGGAGGCGGCUAACAUCACGGUGGACAUGCAGGUGAUGCAGCAGUGGGAUGACAACUGGGAGGGCAAGUUCUGCUUCACGCUCAAACAACCCAUUGUGGGCUUCCAGAUGGUCUUCACCUUCAGCCAGGGGGUCAAGAGCAUCCAGCAAUGGGUGGGCAACUGGCAGGGCAGUCCUGCCGACUGCAGCACCACGUGGACCAUGCUCAACCAGGACAGCCACGGCGUGCACGAGGCGGGCGAGUUCUGCGUGCGCAUGAUGGGACGCGUGUGUGGUACCCCCUCUCACCUCACUGGCCAUGGUGUACUGGUGGACCUGACAGACGACGGUCAGCACGUGUCGCCUGUCCCCGCCAUCGCAGGCGCCCAGCAGACGAAGUACAACUACGCCGAGGUGCUGCAGAAGUCCAUCCUCUUCUACGAGGCGCAGCGCUCAGGUAAACUACCUGCCAGCAACCGCAUCCCCUGGCGGGGGGACUCGGCUCUACAGGACCGGGGGGACAAGGGCGAGGACCUGACAGGCGGCUGGUAUGAUGCUGGUGACAACGUCAAGUUCAACUUCCCCAUGGCCUUCAGUACCACGGUGUUGUGCUGGAGUCUGCUGGAGUUUAAAGAUGCUUAUGACAAGGCGGGACAACUGGACUACAUGUAUGACUCUAUCCGCUGGCCCCUCGAGUACUUCAUCAAGUGUCACACCGGUCCUAACGAACUGUAUGUACAGGUGGGUACCGGCUCGUCUGACCACGGGUCGUGGACAAGCCCGGAGCGCAUGGACCAGAACAGGAAAGCCUACAAAGUGACAGCCGCGAGCCCCGGAAGUGACGUGGCAGGAGAAACAGCAGCAGCAAUGGCGUGUGGCGCCAUCGCAUUCCAGAGCAAAGACAAGACAUUCGCGGAGAAGCUGUUACAACACUCGGAGCAGCUUUUCGACUUCGCGCAGGCGCACCAGGGCUUCUACUCCAGUAGUGUUGCUGACGCCGCCGCCUUCUACAAGUCAAACAACUACUCGGACGAGGUCUCGUGGUCAGCGGGGUGGCUGUUCAAGGCCACAAAUCAAAACAAAUAUCUAGAGAUCGCCAAGAAGGGGUAUCUACCCGGCCCCGCCUGGGGUUUCUCUUGGGACGAGAAGCUGGCUGGCAACAUGCUGUUGAUGUACAGCUUCACCAACGGCGAGGCCCAGUAUCGCACGGACAUCGAGGACUCGAUGAAAGCCUGGUCCAAAGCCGGGGGGAUGGACUACACCCCCAAGUGUCUGGCCUUCCGCCUGCAGUGGGGGGCAUUGCGCUACUCGGCCAACAUGGCCUUCUUCGCGCUGGUGGCCGCCAAGUACGGGCUCCACGCCAGCGACUACCGCCAGUGGGCCAUGUGUCAGAUCCACUACGCCCUCGGCGACACGGGCAGAAGUUUCGUAGUUGGCUUCGGCGUCAACCCCCCGACACGUCCUCAUCACAGAGCCAGCUCGUGCCCCAUGCUACCAGCGCCGUGCGGGUGGGAGGCUCAGCAGAACCCCGGCCCCAACCCCCACGUGCUGUACGGAGCACUGGUCGGGGGGCCCGGGGGCAGCGACGACUACGUGGACGACCGCAAGGACUACGUGCACAACGAGGUGGCCUGCGACUACAACGCCGGCUUCCAGAGCGCUGUGGCCGGGCUCCUACAGCUGGCACUGGACCAUCAGCUACCCGAAGCCUCCCGAUGCGGGACUUGCUAACAGCUGCUGACCCCGCCGCCAGCGCCACCCUGCACGUGAUCUCAUUAUCACCGAUGAUUAGAUGAUUUCCUUAUUAAACUGAGGGUGGUCGCGCACA